UAAUAACACUUCCAUACUCUUUCUUGGUCCGCGUUGGACCUUUCCAGUCUUUACUUCUUCUUCUUCAAGAUCUGCGGGCUGAGCUUUUGUGUCUUUUAGGGUUUCUACCUGAACAAUCUUUGUUUAGGGAUGGCGAACAUCGACUUCGAAGGGAUUCUGAAGGAUCUACCGAGUGAUGGGAGGGUUCCGAAGACGAAGAUCGUGUGCACGCUGGGGCCGGCUUCGAGGUCGGUGCCGAUGCUUGAAAAGCUGCUGAGGGCGGGCAUGAAUGUUGCUAGGUUCAAUUUCUCUCACGGCACUCAUGAGUACCACCAAGAGACGCUCGAAAACCUCAACAUAGCUAUGCAGAAUACUCAGAUCCUUUGUGCCGUUAUGCUUGACACCAAGGGGCCUGAGAUUCGCACUGGUUUCUUGAAAGAUGGAAAGCCUAUCAAAUUGGUGGAGGGUCAGGAGAUCACUGUGACUACUGAUUACAGCAUCAAGGGAGAUGUGAAUGUAAUUUCUAUGAGCUAUAAGAAGCUUCCCGUAGAUCUGAAGCCUGGAAAUACUAUAUUGUGUGCUGAUGGUACGAUAUCCUUAACUGUCCUAUCUUGUGACCCUGCUGCCGGAACAGUCAGGUGUCGUUGUCAGAACACUGCAAUGUUAGGCGAGAGAAAGAAUGUGAAUCUGCCAGGAAUAGUUGUGGAUCUUCCUACACUAACUGAUAAAGACAAGGAAGAUAUCAUGGGUUGGGGCGUUCCAAAUAAAAUUGACAUGAUUGCUUUGUCUUUUGUUCGUAAGGGUUCUGAUCUUGUUACGGUUCGAAACUUUCUUGGAUCGCACGCUAAGCAAAUAAAAUUGAUGUCCAAGGUUGAGAACCAGGAAGGUGUGAUAAACUUUGAUGAAAUCCUUAGCGAGACAGAUUCUUUUAUGGUUGCUAGAGGUGAUCUUGGAAUGGAGAUUCCAGUCGAAAAGAUCUUCCUUGCCCAGAAGAUGAUGAUCUACAAAUGCAAUCUUGCAGGCAAGCCGGUUGUUACUGCUACCCAAAUGCUUGAAUCCAUGAUCAAGUCCCCGAGACCUACACGUGCGGAGGCGACCGAUGUAGGGAAUGCUGUGCUCGAUGGCACGGACUGCGUCAUGCUCAGUGGGGAGAGUGCUGCAGGAGCUUACCCUGAGCUGGCUGUGAAAAUCAUGGCCAAGAUCUGCAUUGAGGCCGAGUCUUCUCUUGACUAUGAUGCCAUCUUCAAACACAUGAUAAAAUCUACUCCCCUUCCUAUGACCCCACUCGAGAGUCUCGCUUCCUCUGCUGUUCGCAUGGCUAACAAGGCCAAGGCAGUGCUAAUCGUUGUCUUAACACGUGGUGGGACAACAGCUAAGCUUGUGGCCAAGUAUCGACCUGCAGUACCAAUCCUAUCUGUGGUGGUCCCUUUGCUGACCACAGAUUCAUUUGAUUGGUCCGUUAGCGACGAGACUCCUGCGAGGCAGAGCUUGGUUUACAGGGGUCUGAUUCCACUGCUUGCGGAGGGUUCUGCAAAGGCUACCGAAGCAGAGUCAACGGAUGUGAUUCUUGAGGCUGCUCUGAAGUCUGCUGUGGAGAGGAAACUAUGCAAGCCUGGGGAUGCUGUUGUUGCUUUACAUCGCAUUGGCAUUGCUUCUGUCGUCAAAAUCUGUGUUGUGAAGUGAUGGAAGAAUUUGUGUGGGUUCCGUUGUUGCAACUGCUGCAUUAUGCAGGAGCUAUGAAGAACAAGUUUUGCUGAUUUAACU